AAGAAUAGUACACAGAGCCUGACUGGCAGUCCGUCCAGCGUGGAUGAAACAGCCGGUGGGGGCGCCUCCCUUGCGAGGCCCAGGCCUGCCAUGAUGCCGCCCCUUUUUGAACUUGCUUUGCUGCCAGCGGGCCGAAUUGAGUGUUCAACAGCGUAGGAAAGGGCACAAAGUUGACUUGGUGUACUGCCUCUGCCGGCAUUGUGUCGAUGUAGAUACAAAAGUACCUUUGUUUAUAACGUGCCGCAUUCACUAGCCUACGCAACCUAGACCACAGACGCUAGGCAACACAUACACUCUUUAUUUGGCAGCCUUGGGGCGUAAAAGAACCGUUGGCUCUUUCGGCAGGAUUAGAAAGAAACGGCUACAAACAACGCCACCUUAGCAGGAGGCGUAGGCAGUAAAGAACGGCUCGGAAGGGUGGUGGAUGAGAGACACGCACGUGUACACACCCCUCCGCAUUGAUAUAAUUAGAGCGCGCUAAGAAAUGCACAUGUCUGGUAUUGGCCUGAUUUCCGUUGCUUUCCCGGUCCGUAGUGGCCUCAUGUUUGCUAUAUUGUUCUGUGAGUCCUCAGGCCACUUGUAGAUGGUAAUCGUUGAUGUUGGCGAGCUUCCAGCCAAACGUCUUGUGCAUACUGUGGUCUGAUGAUUACUGUAGCAACGGCCAGAUGUACGCGGCCAAAACAAAGGAUAGAGCGCGACUCGGACGCGGGUUAGAGGUAGGUGGCCGCCUACGCGGUCAAAGGUUAAACAGUAUUCAGCAGCAAGGAAAACGCAGCAAGUCGACAAAAGAAAAGACAAAAAAACAACAACAACAACAAUGGAAAGGUGUGCAUGACAGAGUUAUGCUGAGCAGGGGACUAUUAGCGUUGUUUUUCUCAUCCUGCUUUACAUGGUUCUGGUGUAAGUACCUUGUGUAUCUAUACAAGGGUUAUAUAGUACGUGCUGCGCUGAUGAGGGUGCUAGACGAAUCCGUCUUAGUGGAAAGCGUAUACAGGGCCGUACUGUAACUUACGGUACUUUAGUUGUACACCCAGUAUUUACACUUCAGGCAUCACUUACACCAGGCAAACAGGCAGCGAACCGUAGAAACAACAAAAAAACAUGGUAAGCGAGAGAGAAGCCUGCUGUAACCUUCCAUUCAUGGUUCCUUUCUGGCGGACAAGCCCCCUAAAAAUAAACCCUGCUAAGCCCAAGCCUCUGACGGAACCUGCUGGUCCUUUCAUUUCAGCGCGUCUUUCCCCACCACAACCUCAGCGGCCUACAGGGGACCAUUGUACCUGUUUCUAGCGCCCCGCACGCCGCUGUACCCCUCUACGCACCCGCUGUAGCGUCACUCGCGCUCAGCGCAGUCCUGCGCAGUGCCGUGUUAUUCGCCUCGUCCUUUAAAGCCCUGCCCCCAUCGUCUCCUCCCUUUCUCCCCCCUUCUUGCUUUUCUCGUCUUUUUUCUUCCGCUGCUGAUCUUUUUUGUCUUCCGCAACACGCCCCGACAAGAGCUUUCCCUCCUCUUAUAUUUCUCGUCUCCCCCGCCGUUCCAUCAUCCCCUGGUUGGAACAGUGUCUCGCGUUGCCUUUUCACCCCACCUUAUUCCACCAACACGAUCCCUGCGAUUUCGCAUUCCUCGAACCGACACAAUGGCCGACACUUACAAGCAAUUCUUGAAGGCGCCUGCAGCUGCUCUGCUCGCUGACAAUGCUGCCCUGCACUAUGUCCCCACGACCACGACAUUUGUUGGCGCCGAAGACAUUGUCAAGCACUUGGCUGCCCUGCAGCGCCAGGUUGCUAAGAAGCAGGAGGAGGUCCUCCAGAUUGUUGAGGGCAGCGAUAGCCUCGUAUACGAAGCUUCUACAGCUCUCGAGUUCCUCACUUCUGGCGGUGUCUACUUGCCUGGUCUUGAAGACAACUUCCUUUCUGACCGCAUCGCCUACCUCUCCAUUAUUCACAUUGUUGCUUUUGACGCGACAGGCAAGAUUUCUCAGAUCCGCCUUCACUGGGACCAGGGUGCUUUGCUCAAACAGCUCGAUGUUAUUAGCAAGACGGGCCGCAACUGGCCCAUCAAGGACAGCCGCGAUCAGCUUAAGCUGAUUGAGUCUUCUCUCAAGGGAGCUGGCAAGCUAAUUCCCACCAGCACUAGCCACAACGAACUUGUUGUUCAUGCUCGCCAAAAGUCUACCAACAUUCUUCGCGAUCCCCAUGCGACACUUCAGCUCUUUGGCAACCGCGAGGAGCUCGAGGCUGCUCAAGCUGCGGAGAGUGUGAAAGCCCCCAAGGCCGGAAACAGACCUCAACAGAGAGACUUUGCCGAGAUCUUGGGCGACAACCCCCAGGAUCAAACAACUGAUGCACCUUUUCAUCGCCCCGUUUCUCCUACCAAGAUUGGCCAGGGCAAGAACCACCAGGGAAUGCGCUUGUUCGAAGGCUCUGAGACCGACGCCCUUCCCGACCAACCUCUUGUUAACCCCGAGCGCUUGAUUCGCCCUCACCCUGGUAAAUACAACCACUUCGAAUUUGCCGAUGGAUCCGAUCCUCAGGAUGCCCCCAAGCGCGGAGUCGACUUUGACAAGAGAGAAAAGUCCAAACAUGAUAGCCAGUGGUCAUUUGACGACUUUACUACCCCUCAUCGCGCCGGACCUACCCGUGGUAUGCGUUCCCAGGAUCUCCGCCACUGGGAUCCCGAAACCCUCAACGAGCCAGCAGAGAAGGAGCUGCCUCUCGGACGUGCUAGACGAGAUGCUGAAGCCCACUUUGAGCUGCAGGAUGAUGGCGAGAGACCGGCCGACGAGGAGCUGCCCAACCGCCCUCCUCGGGGCGUCGGUCACAACGAAGGCCUUGGCCUAUACAAGAACCAGAUUUUCGACAAGGGAGAUCCUGCCGCCGGCCCUGAACGUGCGCUUGGUAACAUCACGAACUUGAAGGACCGUGGAAAGGACUUUGACGCUCAUUUCACCAUGACGGACAACUCUCCUUCGGGCUCCAAGGUGGUCCAGAACGUCACCGAGACUCGUCAAAAAGUUGUCAAGAUGAUGGACCACAACUGGGAAGUUUACGAGCAAUCUCCCUUGAAGGAGAACCAGCCUAAGCCUACCACCUCCAACGCCGCUCUUGGCAUCAUGCACAUUGCUGGAGAUGGCAUGGGUGGCAAGAAGGGCAGCAACAGAAACUGGCUUUACGGUGACGAUGAUGAAGCCAACAAGCCGGCCCCCAGAAAUGCCCAGCCUACUGGAGGCAAGCAAAGUUUCUGGGACUUUUAGACGCCCUGGCUGUACCACCACAAGCCCAGCGUCCAUAACCUGUGCGAUCUGGACUAAGCCUCUCAAGGCUGUGUUUUGAUAAGACGUUGCUCAGUAUAUUUUUUUGCGUGCUGUUUUAUACCUUGUAUUGGAUUUUAUGCCGCUAUUGUUUUCUGCGACGAGCUUAAUGUGUAGACGUCACUCAUGAGUAUUUUGAGGUGCCUCGCCGCGUAUUGAUUAUUAGACAUCUCAUUCGUAUCAUAGCCACUCUUUUGUUAGAACACAAUGAAAUUGUAUCUUUUCUUCUGUC